AUGGAUCGUUAUACUCUUCUUCAUGAGCUGGGACAUACAAUUGGACUAUAUCAUGAGCACAUGCGUUUAGAUCGUGAUGAAUAUGUGGAAAUUUUUAGAGCUAAUAUUAUGUCAGGUGACGAACUUAAUUUCGAGAAAAUACCAAUAAACCAAUCAACCACUCUGGGACAACCAUAUGAUUAUAGUUCUAUAAUGCACUAUCAGGAAACUGUUUCAGCGAAAUAUUUUUUUUUGGAAACAAUGAAACCGUUGAAAAAAGUUGACGGUGAAUGGCCGGUACUCGGUAGAGGUGAUGAUCUGAGCCGAGGUGAUGUUGUGACAACAAAUCUUCUGUAUCGUUGUCCCGAGUGCGGUGGAACUUUUUCGAAUCCUAAAGGAACUUUCAGUCCACCAGUUGAAAUAAUGUAUUCAAAACCGAAUCUUACACGCUGCGAAUGGACAAUUAGAGCACCUGAAGGUCACAGAAUAAAACUUUUAAUCACAGUACUGAGUAUUCCUGAAAGCUCUGGCUGUCUAACGGAUUAUCUGGAAAUUCGGAAUAACCGGGAAAGUGAUGAUGUCAUAGCUCGUUAUUGCAAAAAAAUUGAAACUACUAUUACAGCUAAUACGAAUUAUUUAAAAAUUGUAUUAAUUUACACUCAGAACACUGAAAGUCCCGUUGAUUUCAUAAUAGAAUAUGAGGCCCUUUGCGGUAAAAAUUUUUAUGUUGGAACUAAUGAAACAUUUUACUUGGAGUCGCCAAACUAUCCGGGACCAUAUGUAGCAAAUAAAGAGUGCUAUUGGUAUAUUACUGCUCCGGAGGAUUACAGUAUAUCACUAGAGUUUUAUCAUUUCGAUAUUGAAGAAACUCCAGAUUGUAAUAAAUAUGAUUACUUGGAGGUACGUGAAGGUGAUAAUUAUAGAGCACCGCUUAUUGGAACUUAUUGCGGGAAACACGACAAUUUGACGAUAUCUUCGAUAGGACGAUUUAUGUUUCUCAGAUUUAUUCCUGAUGAAUCACUAAAUAGAAACGGUUUCUCUGCUGCUAUUACAGCGCGAAAAAUAAAUAUGCAUUAA